UCUACUUUUUACUUUUUAGUUUAAUAAGUUACAUUAUAGUUAGUUAGUUGUUUAAGUAUUUCGAAUUAUUGUAUUAGACAUAUUUUAUAUAAUUUCGUUUCAUAUUUUUAUUCCUUACAUAACUUAAUUAGUAGUUGAAUCACUGUGUGUCAUCAAUAUGACUUUCGGGCUAUUACGUUAUAGCUUGUGUACAAAAUUUAAAUUGCCCAUUCAUUACCAACACAGUUUUAUAGUCAGUAUACCUCGUUAUAGUACACGAAAGCCUUUACUUAAUGAAACUGUAAGAUGGAUGAGCACCAAAAGUACAACAAAGGAAACAAAAAAAUUAUUUUCAGAGUCCAAGGUGCUGUAUGUUUUUUAUUAGUAUCUAGUGCAGUAACAAUGGCAAUUCCAUUUUCCUUUGGACGGAUUGUUGAUAUAAUUUACAAGUCUGACGUUACAGAAGCACAAUCUAAAUUGGUUACAAUAUGUACAAUACUGCUACCAGUAUUUUUAAUCGGCGCUGCAUGCAAUUUUGGACGCAUAUAUUUAAUUAACACAUCUGGUUAUAAAAUAACAAAAACACUUAGAGAGUUAUUAUUUAAAUCUCUUUUGUCACAAGAAACUGCAUACUUUGAUCGUCAUAGAACUGGAGAACUUAUUAAUCGACUAUCAUCUGAUUGCUUACUUGUAAGCCAAACCAUUACUACAAAUAUUUCUGAUGGACUACGUUCUACUAUAAUGGUUGCCAGUGGUGUUUCUUUUAUGUUUUUUGUAUCUCCAAAAUUAGCUUUGGUCGGCUUAUCCAUAGUGCCUCCAAUUGCUGCAUUGGCUGUGAUAUAUGGACGUUUUGUACGAAAAAUUACACGAUCUGUACAGGAUUCAUUAGCUGCUUCAAACCAAGUUGCUGAAGAGAAAAUAUCAAAUAUCAGAACUGUAAAAGCAUUCAGCCAAGAAAAUAAAGAAAUGUUUCUGUACAGGAAAAAAAUGAAUGAAGUAUUGCAGCUUUCUAUAAAAGAAUCUUUCAUGAGAGGGUUGUUUUUUGCUAUGACAGGAUUUGCCGGUAACUUUAUAAUUAUAUCAGUAUUAUACAGUGGUGGACUGUUGGUCAGCGAACAAGCUAUUAGUGUUGGGGAAUUGAGUUCCUUUUUAUUGUAUGCCGCUUAUACGGGAGUGUCUAUUGGUGGUCUAUCAACAUUCUAUUCUGACGUUAAUAGAGGCCUGGGCGCAUCAUCAAGAAUAUGGGAAAUUAUUGAUCGUAAACCAUCUAUACCUAUUUCUGGUGGACUCAAACCAUUAAAUGAUCCUAAAGGUGAUAUAAGCUUCCAGAAUAUUGUUUUUAACUAUCCAAAUCGACCAGACGCACCUAUUCUUAAUGGAUUAAACUUAGAGAUACCUAGUGGUAUGAUAUAUGCAUUAGUUGGCCAUAGUGGUAGUGGAAAAAGUACAUUAGGUCAUUUGUUAUUAAGACUUUAUGAUCCUCAAAGUGGUCAAGUAUGUUUAGACAAAACUGAUUUAAAAAUGUAUGAUCCAAUUUGGUUACAUGGUCAUAUUGGAGUCGUUAGUCAAGAGCCAGUUUUAUUUUCUGGGACUGUUAGAGAAAAUAUUGCUUAUGGCCGUGAAUGUGUAACAGAUAAUGAAAUUAUUGAUGCUGCUAAAGAAGCAAAUGCAUAUGAUUUUAUUGUACAAAAAUUUCCAGAUGGAUUUGAUACAAUUGUUGGAGAGCGUGGUGUUCUAUUAUCAGGUGGCCAAAAACAAAGGAUAGCUAUUGCUAGGGCAUUACUAAAAAAUCCUAAAAUAUUAUUAUUAGAUGAAGCUACAAGUGCAUUAGAUGCAGAGAGUGAAAAGUUAAUUCAAGAAGCGUUGCAGAGAGUUUCAAAAGGAAGAACUGUAUUGACAAUUGCACACAGGUUAUCUACUAUUAAAAAUGCAGAUAAAUUGGCUGUAAUAUUCAAUGGAAAAAUAGCUGAAUUGGGUUCAUAUGAUGCUCUUAUGUCUAUAGAAGAUGGUUUAUUUAGAAAACUCAACAAAAAUCAAUUAUUGUUAUCUCUCAGAAAAAUGGGUUACUUACCUGUAUGCUUAUGA